CUGACCCGAGAGCUCACGGACUUGGUCGGUCAGCCUCACUUCGGUCAGUUCGAUGCAUCGGUUACUAUGGAUGGUUUGAACUUCAGAGAGACGGGUCAAAUCAUCGAGAACAAGUCCCCUCGCGAUUAUCAUCUCAUGCUGCAUGUCCUGGCAAAUGAGCGAGCUAAUCGUCCAAGUUAUUCGGCCUCUCGCUCAGGUUAUCAGGACGGAGAUAUGACUGCUAAGCACCAAAAGCUUCUGCUUAUGAUAAUCUGUAUCAUCAGUCAUUCCAAAAUACCAAGGAGAUCUACAUUGAUGGCAUCCAUACUCAGUGUAUACUUUCAUGGCUCUGGUGUCAAGCGGCAAGUCAUUGAAACUUUAUCUGGACUGGGUCUUUGUCACUCUUAUGUCAACGGAAAUCGUACCAUGAAUAAGACAAUCAAGCAGUAA